AUGUCUGGUGUCGAGAUCGCCGGCCUUGUGCUCGGCGUUCUGCCUCUGCUUAUACAAGGCAUUGAGUCCUACAAUGAAGGCCUCGACCCAAUCAAAAGCUUCAUGAGAUGGGACAAGGAGCUACCGCAAUGUAUCCGAAAGCUGCGCAAUCAGCACGUUCACUAUGCCCAAACGAUGCGAAUUUUACUCGAGCCAAUAACUGCCGAAGUCGAACUGGCUGAAAUGAUGACGGAUCCUGGCUCUUCACAAUUAUGGAAAGACAAGGAGAUGGCUCUAAAGCUCCAAGACAGGCUGCAGGAGUCGUACCACGCAUACCAGUGUACAAUAGCGGACAUAGAACGCAUCACAAAACAAAUUGCGAGCAAAUUAGAUCUGGAUCGUGCAAACGAGUUAAAACGCAAUGACCUUGAGGCACUCUUAGUAGGAAACCCCAAGAAGAGUAACGAUAAAUUUGAGAUCAGAAAACGAAUACGAUUUGGGAUGAGUAAAAAGACCGUGAAAGCGUUACUUGAGGAGUUGAACGACUGCAACCGCGAGCUUGAACGAUUCACCGAGAAGAGCGAAAAGAUUGAGACUUAUCGCAAGGCCGCAAAGCCUUCAUUCGCUACUCGACUGCAACGUAUACAGGGAUACGCCAAGAGUCUGCACUCGUCACUGUGUUGGUCGUGUACCUGCAAGGACACCCACCAUACGAGUCUACGGUUGGAGCCCAGAGGGAAUCUAUACGCGUCUGGAAUGCCGAUCUCGGCACGCAAGACCUGUUUCACGGUAUCGUUCUCUUCUUUGGCAGCUGACGCUAGCUCAACGUGGAGCUGGCAGGCCGCGGAAAUCGACAUUGAGGAUGAGGACGAUACGGGACUAAGUCCACCUCUGUCAUCUCCCAAGCCCAAGACGACGAAAAGCGUGUCAUUUGGCUCACCCCCGCCGUAUUCUGCCAACGAUCCAGUCCUCGGGUCAAAUCACUCGUUGCAAGAAGUAACAGACAUAUGCGCAUCGAUAUGCCAAGUUCAGUCCACCGACUCCCGCAUAGGCUUAUCUCUUGACGCAAAGAAGAAGUUGCGAGGUGUCUACACUUUUGGCUCGACCGAAAAAUUGACCCCCACUUCCGAGGUGAUAACGCUCGAAGACCUCCUGGAUCGGCGUCCUACGGUGAACGGUAAACGUGUAAAGCUCACCAAGAAAGAGCGGUACAGCCUCGCUUUAACCUUGGCAUCCAGUGUCUUAUAUCUCAAUUCUACACCAUGGCUCACUAAUCAAUGGGCUGCUAGAGAUAUCCAGUUCCACCAAGCUGUUGCUGCCACAACCUUCAUCGAUAUCGAACACCCAUACUUGGCUCCUGCGUCAGCAGAUUCUGUAGAUGACCUGGCAGUCAAGACAAGAUCUCUUACCUUCCAGAACAAGAACACAGUUCUACUCGCGCUUGCAGUGGCUCUUCUGGAACUGUACUUUGGCACUACUGCAGAGAAAUAUCAGGAAACCGAGCACGGGGCUUGCAAUCCAGCACUGCACCAAAAUUCAUGGAUGCUUUGUGCCAUGGCACAUCAGUGGGCAGAAGAGUCGCAGGACGAGUUGUCUGCGGCAUUUUUAAGCGCAGUCAGACAUUGCUUACGGUGCUUCAGUGAUCCUGGAGUCAGCCUGCAGGACUCUGAGUUCCUACAGGCAGCUGCUGAGGGCAUUGUGUUGCCGCUACAGGAAGAGCUGUAUCAGUUUUUAGGCAAGAGCACAGCAUGA